CAAAAGACUCACAGAGCUUGCCUACCUGCAUUGUUUAACACUCAAUAAACUAUUAAUACUAAACAUUAGUGAGGGAUUAACCUCGAUUUCGAUCUUCUACCAAAGCUAACACCUUCUUGUCAUUUUCCUCCAUUCAUCUAGCAAGCUGCAGCAUCUACUCCGGGUGCCCUCCCACUGCAUAGAACAAGAAUUCAAAAACCACAUAGUAUGGUAACCCUUCAUUAACCUAAACCGAAAAGGGCGGUCCUAUCCAGACUGCAAUAAGCUAGCAAUGGCUACAUACGCUCUAGCUCGUCUAUAUAAGCUCCCACUCCAGUUGCAUAGUAAAGACCAGCAACAGCAGCCCCUCUAACUUUCCUGAUUAAGGCAAUAAGCAGAGCUGCUAGCAGCUAGCGAAAACCUCAAAAUGGCUAGCCAACUCUCUCCAUUUUCACUGCUUCUCUCGGUCUGUCUCGCGAUAAUAUCUCACUUGGUGAUCAACUGCAAUGGGGAUUCAGAUACCAGUACUGCACAGGUGCAUAUAGUUUACAUGGGAGACCUUCCAGAGGGCACUGCUACCAUGACAGCAGAAGUCCACACCAAUAUGCUGCAACAAGCUCUUCGCAGGGAUGCAUCGGAUUCGAUUGUAUACAGCUACAGGAAGAGCUUCAAUGGGUUUGCUGCAAUGUUGACACCUGAGGAAGUGAAAAAGCUGGCUGGAAUGGAAGGUGUGGUUUCAAUUUUCCCCAAUGGGAAGAAGCAACUCCACACUACAAAAUCAUGGGCCUACGUUGGACUGCCUGAGAAGGUUGUAAAGAGAAGUGCUGAAAGUGACAUCAUCAUAGGAGUUCUGGACACUGGAAUCUGGCCGGAAUCCGAAAGUUUCAGUGACGAAGGAUUCGGUCCACCACCACAAAAAUGGAAAGGAUCGUGCUCAUCAGGGUCAAAUUUUCAUUGCAACAACAAAAUAGUGGGUGCAAGGAUCUACAGAAGCGCAGGAAAGCUGACGAGCAAUAAAGAUGUGAUGUCACCAAGGGAUACACAAGGCCACGGAUCCCACACCGCCUCAACAGCAGCAGGGAACUUCGUGGCGAAGGCGAGCAUGGAAGGCUUAGGCAAAGGAACAGCAAGAGGAGGAGUUCCUUCAGCCAGGAUUGCAGUCUACAAAAUCUGUUGGUCUGAAGGUUGUUAUGACGCAGACGUUCUAGCAGCAUUCGACGAUGCUAUCUCUGAUGGAGUCGACAUCAUCUCAAUCUCCAUCGGUGGGACGAAAGCCUACGAUUACUUCACCGAUGCCACAGCAAUCGGAUCCUACCAUGCUAUGAAGCAUGGCAUCCUGACAUCAGUUUCUGCUGGCAACGAAGGUCCUGAACUUGGAACCGUGACAAAUGUCGCACCUUGGCUUCUCUCCGUGGCUGCUAUCACUGUCGACAGGAAGUUUGUGACCAAGGUUAAGUUGGGAAAUGGACGAGUCUUUAAGGGUACUUCGAUUAACACGUUUGAUCAUGGAGGAAAGAUGUAUCCUGUUGUUUAUGGUGGGAAUGCUCCAAAUUCCACCGGAGGAUUCAAUGCAUCCAUGUCCAAGGAUUGUAGCAGUAACACGUUGAGCAAGAAACGAGUCAAAGGGCGGAUUGUGCUUUGUGAUAGUGUAAAUUCAGGGGAAGGUCCAGCGGCCGCUGGAGCAGCAGGUUCCAUAAUGUUAGCACAAGAACAGCAACUAGUGGCUAGCAACUUCCCUCUGCCAGCUUCUACUGUUUCUGGUUCCGAUGAGAUAUCGAGAUAUGUUAUGGAAAAAAGGAACCCAACAGCAACCAUAUUCAGGACAGUUGAGAAGAAGUCUGAAGCUUCGCGAAUUGUACCGGGGUUUUCAUCUCGAGGGCCAAAUGCUAUAACACCUAACAUUCUAAAGCCUGACAUUGCAGCACCAGGAGUGGACAUCCUGGCAGCAUAUUCCAGGGGGAAAACAGCAACAGGCAUCGAAGGCGACAAACGAGUAGUUUCUUACAACAUCCUGUCCGGAACUUCCAUGGCUUGUCCACAUGCAACUGGAGCUGCUGCUUUGGUCAAAUCCUUCCAUCCCAAUUGGUCCCCUGCUGCUCUCAAGUCGGCUUUAAUGACCACAGCCUCUCCUGUCAGUCGGGACCAAAAUCCUGACGCGGAAUUUGCAUACGGGUCAGGGCUCAUAAACCUGAAGAAGGCCGCGAAUCCUGGACUGAUAUACGAUGCUAGAGAACACGAUUACGUCGAGUUCUUGUGCGGGCAAGGAUAUAAUGCGACGGAAAUCAAGCUGGUAACUAGCAAAGCUGUGGAUUGUUCUGAUGUGGGCAAAAAGAUACAUGCUUGGAACCUGAACUACCCUUCUUUCACCCUGUCAGGAAAACCUGGGGGAACUGUGAAAAGGGUGUUCCGGAGAACUGUGACUAAUGUUGGGAAAGGGCAUUCCAAGUACAAGGCAAAAGUGAUGUCCUCUAAAGAGCUUAAGAUCAAGGUGAACCCAAAAGUGCUUAGGUUUAAGGAUGUGGGUGAAACGAUAUCGUUUCGUGUCACGGUGAAGGCAAAGCUGAAGAAGAGUGGGAUCGUCUCUGGUGUUCUGGUUUGGUCUAAUGGAUCUCAUAAAGUCAGGAGUCCAGUUGUUGCUCAUACACUACAAUAACCUUCAUUUUCUGGGUUUUUUUUUUGUUGCUAAAUAUAUUUGCAUAACCAUAACUUUGCACUUUGUAACAAUAAUAGUAAACUUUUUAAAAAUACACUAAAAUAGCCUUUCCGUCCAUAACUUUAACAGAAAUUUCAAAGAUGCUGACUGGACUAACGAUCUCUGAUGACGUGGCAUUUUUUUGGUCCAAAACAAUUUGAGGUGAAAAUGGUUAUUUUCUUAUUAUAAUUAAAUGGAAAAAUAAAUAAAUAAAUAAAUAAAUAAAACAAAAUAUUAAAUAUGUGCCUUCCUCAGUAGCUGGUGAAACUGAAACCCUCUCAUUCCCCUGUAGUUUCAUUCCCGUUUCAUCUUCUCCACCGCAAAUACUCCGGCUUCUUCUCUCCAGGAAUUCCUUGAAGGAUGAGGCCGGGAGGACUGGCGGCUUGCUCUCGGUACUCUUUUCCUUGCCCGGUCAUCAUCUUCUUCCAUCAAAAAGGAAUUCUUUACCGGCCGAACUACAUAGACAAAGCCACCCCCAAUUGAAGGUACGAUAUCCCAACACCACUCCCUUUGGCGCUCGAUUCUUCUAGAGGAGUACUAAAUCCCCUGAGGAAUCUAAUUGGGAGUCUGAGAUUUGUACGAGUUCUUCAGAUCUGGUUACAACCGAGAAUCGAAUGUGAAGAGGUGGACGUUCCGUUCGUCGCAAAGGAAGCUGCCCUGAGUCAAUGGCGGCAAAGCUCAAAACCAAGUUCAAUCGACAAAGGAAUCCAUCGCCGAGGAACUCUAUUUUUUUUCUUCUGAACCUAGGUUGCCAAAACCCAGACCUUCUUACGGAGCUCAUAGCGAUGAAUUAGAGCGAGGAACUCUGUUUUGCUUUCUCCAAUGACUUCUUUUGUAUUAGGAUGAUAAAUAAAGGAAAUGGGUUUGCUUGAUAUUGAUAUGCAUGAACAAGUUACAGGAGGAAAGAUUAGUUGUCCCGGACUCUCGGUCCCGGUAUUAGUUGGGAGCAAGAGAAUCACGAAUUGGGGGAAAGGGCUGUAUGGGAAAUUAGGGUUUCUUCAGGAAAGGGGGAUUUUCUUGCUGCAGGCGGUGGUAGCCUGGUAGGGGUAAGUUAUUUAUGAUUUUCUUAUUAAAAUUUAAUUAAUGAAUUUUUUAUUAAAAUAAAAUAAUGAAUUUUUAAUUAAAAU